UGUGCCUUGUCAGCCUUUCACGUGUAAGUUACCAAAAAUGGGACAACCGGACCUAGACUUUACUGCUCCAGAAAUCCAGUUUUCAUCAAUGUGUUCGCCGUACAGCGACAUGUUCUCUCUCGGGCUGUUGACCUGUUCUGUCUUUAACAAUGGACGAUCGCUUAUUGAAGCGAACCUGAGCACCAGUGCUUACAGCAAGCAGCUGGAUAUGCUAGAACAGAACCUGAACGAGCUAUUGGAUCGAGUGCCGCACCACCUACAGGAACCGGUCCAAAGUCUACUUAAUGUUGAUCCUACAAAACGAACCAAUGCUCACGACUUUGCCAUGAUCAAGUAUUUUAUGGACCCUUCAGUUCAUGCCCUUCAAUAUCUGGACGUCAUUCAGAUGAAGGACACCACCCAUAAAUCUCAUUUUUAUCACAGUCUCAAGGGGGCGCUACCUAACAUACCGAGGGUAAGACUUGCCACACUCAUGCUG